AUGAGAUCGUUCCAGUGGAAUGAACACAGACGAUUGUGUAGUGAGCAUUUUGUUGGCUUCAGAGGACCUUCAUUCCAGCAUACACUUCCAUCUAUGUUUCCAACUGAGACUGGUGCUACCAAAACCUUCCAGCCAACGCUCCUUGAUGAAGACGUAGGUGAUGAUGAUGAUGGUGAUACGGUCAAUGACGAUUUAGACCUAGAACUGUCAAAUGAUGAUAGUAUACAGCCACAACUGUCAUUUGUAUCCCCUUCCGGGCAUGCCAUUGAUACCUCUGUCCACCUGCAUGAUUACUGCAUGGGACCAGUACUACAGCCACAGAAUCAGUCCUUUAGAUGUUGUGACACACAGACUGAGAACAACUGUGCAGUGAUGGAAGUACAAACUGAAGAAAGUUUCCUGGGAAAAACAGCAGACUUCAGUUCACAAACAGAACAUUCUACUAGAGACUUUGGUGUACAAUGUCAGCUACCUAUGCUCACAUAUGAUGACGUAAAAUACAAUGACGAUUUGGUCAGUUUUUACACCGGAAUCCCUAAUCGAGUUGUGUUUGAAGCUUUGUUUGAUGAAAUCAAGGAUGAAGCUGAAGUGCGGACAUCAAGGCGGAAACUUAACUAUAAAGAUUCAGAUGGAGGACGGCCAAGAACUCUAAGUGUUCUGGAUGAAUUUUUCAUGGUGCUGAUGCGCCUACGUCUAGUGACAAGAAACUCACAGAAAAAUGUGGACUCUUGGACUUGCUUGAAGAAGGAGACGCCAUAA